AUGGCUACGCCGACAUUCAUCGUGGCUCCCCCUAAAGCUGAAGAGAUAGCCAGACGCUUGGAAGAAGAGGUGUGCAGGCGACACGUUUCAACUCCUGAACCCGUUUUCCGGAAACAACAUGAUACCCAAUCCUACGAUUAUCUCUGCGAAAUAGAGCGUAAAAGAUUCAAGCAAGGCGAGAUUGACGACCUUCAAGCCACAAUCCCGGGGCCUUUCUAUUGGGAGUGCGAAGCCCGGACACUUAAAGACCUUCUAUCCGAGGCUAUAUGGGGGAACAUCAUUCACAAACACAGCAUGAACGCCGUACCAACUACAGAAUGCUGGCGGAACGUCGUGAGCGACUAUAGAUGCCUCUUGAAGAGUGAGGGAUACUCGACACAACAAAUAAGAGAAGGCCGAUUUUCGAUUAAAGAUCAGAGGUACUGGAAACACGAGGCGGAAUGUCUUUGA